AUGGUAGGUCACCCACGUUUCACAACUGUAGAAGCAAGCGGGUCUGAACACUGCAUUGUAGGCCUGGAUGUCUUUCUGGAGGUAGUGAUGAGUAAAGACAUGCUGAAACAAUUUCCCAAGGGCGGCACUUGCACACCAGAUCCUGUGCUGGAUCUCCUCAUCAAUUUUCGCUCUCUGAGAGAGUUGGCUACCAAGAUCUCCAUCAACAUUUAUGUAAUCAUCCUGUUUGACACAGGACUUGCUGGACUGCAGCGACAUGUUUUUGGAAAGUCUGGAAAACUCAGUGCACGUGCAUUUUCUGAUGAAGAGCUUCCCCAAAGAAAUGAGCAACAGUUCGAUGGUGGUGUGAAGCCAAAACUUAACAUAAAUCAAGUAGCAAUUACUCAGAUUGUCAACUACAACUUGAGCAGAAGAGGACAAUCAGAAAGAGAAUCUUGGGGGACUUUCACUCACAGUCACCACAGCCCUGUAAAUGUCACAGUUAAUGGAAUUCCCUGCAUUCUUUUCUGGGCCAAAAGGAUAAUGAUUAAAUUUAAAAACCACACUCAGCUGGACCUGACUGAGAAGACGUUUGGCGUUCAUGCGACAGUAGACGUUGGGGAUUCUAACUGCAGUGAAGACAGUGCAACGCUUUCACUCAAGUUUGGUGAUGUUGACAAUCUGAAAGAUCUUGUUAUUAGAUUCUUAUUGACAAGCAGUUAUUACAAGCUGUCUGUUCAGAACUGGUUUAGUUUACAUAGAGUACAGAUUCUUUACAAUCAUUCUAUACAAGCAACGUUUAAUGCAACCCAAAUAUAUGCUCCAGCAAGUUAUUCCUAUCAUUGUGAACAUGUGAGUAGCUUGCAGAGGUAUGAUGCACUCCUGAUGCCCAGCUCUGCAAAUGAUGUAUCCAGGCUUUGGGAAGUCACUUUUAUCGAUUUCCAGAUUCAAGGCUUUAAUAUUGAAGAAGGACAUUUUGCUUAUGCCAAGGAUUGUGCAUCCUUUUUCUCACCAGCAAUUCUUAUGGGGUUGGUUAUGUCAUUAAUUCUGCUUCUGGUCCUGGCUUAUGCUCUCCAUAUGUUGAUCCACUUAAAGUCUCUUGACAGGCACUAUGAAUGCAAAGCCUCUCCUGCCUAUUUUGGACAAAUGAAAGACAGUGACAUGGCAGAUGAAAAAGAACCACUGAGAAACAAUGGAAAUGAAUCCUAUGAACUUAGAAACCAAGAGUUCUGUAAAAUCUAUAUUUAGCAGUGUUUGACUGCCUCCUUCAAGCGGUCACUCUUUUUCUGUAUUUUUUUCUGUCCUGUUUAGCUUGUGCAUUAGCUAAACAUUUCCAUCAAAUGACUUAAUUCAAUCAUUAUAUAUACGUUAUGUAUCAGA